AUGAGCAGAAGAAGAGCACUCAACACAGGCUACGGCGCCGAGCGCGGACCCGUGGCUCCAGCUUCAAGAACUUCCAAGACAAAGACAAAGACAAAGGAAUCGAUCUAUGAAUUGAAGGAAACGAUGAAUUAUAUCAAGUAUGAGUGGCCUCAAGUUUUGGAAGAAGAUGCAAACCCUAUUGAACUUGCCAUAUCUUUGCUUGACGAUUCAUCGGUUGGGUUAUCGCACAAAAUGUCCGAGUUUGAAGAGAUGAGUGAGAACACCACCACCGCCUUGCGGCGGGUAGUUAACGAUCAUUAUGACAUAUUCAAUACCAGCAUUGGUUCCUACCACUAUUUGUUAACCACAAGUAGGGACAACCAAAAAGACGCCAACGAAAUCAAGCAGAUGUUGGAGUCUACCACCAAAGAAAUCCACAACAAGUCGGACAUUUUACAGGAGUUGAACCAAACCUCAGUGAGAUACAGUGAGAUGAUUGAAAUAUUGGAUGCUAUGGAAUACAUGAACUCGAUUCCUGACAAGAUCGAUCAGUUGAUCUUGGAUAAGAAGAUUCACCAGGUCUACGACAUUAUAUCUCAAGGCUACACAACGGCUGCGACAUAUAACUUGUGGAACUUGAGUGCAAUGACAAGCAUCAAGAACUACUUGGACUUGCAGUCCAAUAACUUAUUUGACAUGAUAAUUGAUGAACUACAAAACGAAAUCUACCUCAAGAGCUCAGUUGUCGUGCAAGAAAGUAGUCCGUGGGAUAUGUUGAUCACGUCGAAUAAUAAUCCCAAGUUGGCAGGUUUCAAGACGUUUGUCACAAAACUGAGUCGGUUAGAGGAGUUCAUCUACAAUUCAGCCAAUUUGGAUUUGGCGGAGAUCAGUGAGUGUUUUAACGAAUUGAUCAAUGACUUUGUGUCAAACCAGCUUCCAGAGCUCUUGAAAACUACAUCUUCUAACUUGAAUUUGACCUUCGACUUAUCUGGAAGUUUCAAAAACUAUCAUUAUAUCUACCAAUUGUUGAUGACUGCUCAAAAACUAAAUAGAUUGAUGCCUGCCAUUACGAUUUUGACCCAGUCAAACCAACAGGAGUUCCAUGGUUUGUUGUAUAGAACCAUUGAAGAAAUCAAACUGAAAAAUAUGCAUGAAUUGAACAAAUUGAAGAAGAUUUUGGACUUUGAAAGUGAAUUUGAAGAUGAAUUGACUAGCUUCCAUGACUACUCGGUAAAAAUCUUGAAAGACUUGUUCAGUUCCGUCUUUGUGAAGGCAUUGAUGGUGCUACAGAAACAGAAGUUAAUCAGCGAAAUUGUAGCCAAGUUUGAUUUGACUUACGACUUCAAGACAAGUUGGACAGUUGUGAAAAAUGAAUUGUCCAGCUUGAUCUUAAACUACAUAUCCACCGAUUCGGAAUUGGUGGUCCAUAAAAACAAAUUGGCCAUGAAUGAGCUAUUCAAACUUGAUAAUGUCAAAUUCAAUAAGGAGCAAUUGAUGACCAAAUUCCCCAAUUUAAUCGAAGGAAGUGAGGAAUUUGGAAACUAUCAGACUGACUUUUUCAUCAAAAAUGAAGCAUUCCAAUCCAACUUGGAGGUGUUGGUUCCGGUUAACAUUUUCAACAUGAGAAUCAUCAUUGAUUUCUUUUUGAUUUUUGUUUCAAGUAUGAUCAACUUAAUGAGCACAGACCCAUCAAGACCCAUAAACCAAACAGCAGUUCAGUUCUUCGAGAACUUUAUGAAAAUUUCCUUUUUGCCAAAAUUAAGGGACAACUUUGACUCCAAAUUCAAUAUGAUCAUGGGUGCCUUUGAAGACGACAAUGUUGAUGAACUUAAUACCAACAGAGCUCCAGCAUUCAAGACCGACUUGAUGAAUUUGAACAACUCGAUGAUUUACCAAAACGCCUUUGAGUUCAAAAAAUUCUUCAUCUCUUUGUGCUACACGUUAAACACUUCUCUAACUUAUAGACAAGAGUUGAAUAAUUUGGUGUUACAAUUCUUGAGGAAAUUCCAUAUUUUGUAUUCCAACUUUUACAAAGGGUUGAUGGGUAAUACAAACACUAAGUUGAAUAGCUGGUUGAAGACGCCUGCUUUAAAUGACUUGUCAUCGUUGAUCAUCAAUGAAACAGGAGAAGUUAACCACCAAUUGGUUGAGAAAGAAAUAGAGAUCAUGUUACUAAAUGAUGAGAUGUUGGAAGUUACUAAAGAUGAAUUGUUUGACAACGAAUCUUUACAGCAGUUGUGCUAUUUGCUUUUGACGUCCAGCUGGAUCUUGAGCUGGUUGCCUAAUUUCAGGAAGGAAUCCAACUACAAUUAUGAAGAAGAUUUGACCUUGAUCGAAAAAUUGAAACAUGAUUGGAACUUUUUGGAGAAUGGGAAACGAGUCAUCAAUGACACGUCUCUGAACUCCAACCAGGCAAAUUUGAACUCCAGUAUCGACAAUUUAAAUGUCUAUUUGUCAUUGAACUCUGCCAAAUUCAAGGAAUUUAAUGAUGUAAUCUCGAACUUUGAAAAAAUAAGGCUACACUCAUUGAUUGUACUUAGAUAUGAGUUGAGAUUGAAAUCGAUCUUCUACAUAACCAGAUCGUUCAAGGAAACCGACUGGGUGUUGAAUAGCGAACCUGGGGAUUCAGAUCAGUUCGUGUCAAGAUACAACAAGGAGAUCUUUGCGAUGGAAAAUAGGUUGAAUAAUUAUUUGAGUGAAACAGAAAUGUCAAGAAUUUUUGUGGGAAUGUCAAGCUUCCUAGAUGAGUUGUUGAUCAAGGGAUCCAAGUUGAUCCAUAAAAUCAAUAACAACGGUAUUAAAAAGUUACUUGUGAACAUCUUUACAUUGCUGCAAAUGCUCAAGAACUUAAACAAGAGUAAUUUGGAGAUCGACUUCAAGAGGUCUUCGUAUUACUUUGAACUCUUCACUAUCAACGAGAAUCAGUUCCCCAGCAAGCUAUCCGGAUAUGAUGAGUCUGAGAAGGCCAAUUUGGUGAGGUUAUUGUACAGUGAAAAGUUGGCUGAUGGGAAUGGCUCCUCUUUCAAUAUAUCUAAGUAUAAUGAUCUCUUGGCCAAGGUUAAAUAG